CAGCAGUAACUUCGCUUCGGAAACUGGAAAAUGAGGCGAAGGAGACUGCGAAGACCGAUCUCAACUGACCUUCCCGAUCCCCAGCCGCUACUCCCAAACAUGGUCGCCUCCACCGCCGCCGCCGCUGCGGUGUUCCUUCUUUUUCUAGUAUCGGCUGCCGCACCGAUCACCAUCACCACGGCCCCGAUCCUGGGCCUCGACUCGUUCCUGAACCAGCAAGUCCGGCUGGACCCACAGGCCUCCAACGACUCCUUCCUCUCGCUCCCCUCUGCCCUAAAGAAAUCCCUCUCUCUCCCCCACCACCGCCACCCGCCCACCUUCUCCUCCCUCCUCUCCCUCCAGCUCUCCGUCCCCGUCACCGUCAAACUCGUCGGCUCCUCUUAUUUUCCCUCCUCCGCCCCAGACAUCCUCCACUCCUUCCUCACCGCCGCCAUCUCCUCCGAUCACUUCCACGUCAUCACCCCCUUUCCCAACCACCACCACCACCUAGCCCUCACCCACUUUCUUCACCUCGACGUCUCUUUCGCCGCCCCUUCUCUCUCCAACCUCCUCGCCGACACGCUCCGAUCUGAGCUCUCCAAGGCCUCGUCGUCCCUCCGAUCGCCUCUCCUCUCGAUCCCUUACUCUGCCGUCGACCAAAUCAUUAAACAAGACUUCGAGAAGGAGAAGCCCGUUCAAGGGGUUUACAUAUAUUUGCUCAAUUUGGGCGCCCAAUCGAAACCCUACGCCUACAAUUACGGUUUCGGCGAGUCAUCGCCGGCAUUCACCAAGUGUUCGGGAAGUGUUUGGACUGGCAAGGACAGGUACUUGUGGAUUGAUUUGGCCGCCGGACCGUUGGACUACGGGCCGGCCUUAUCUGGCGAUGGGGUUUUGCCGAGGGGCGAAUUUCAUCCAUUAACAGCAUUUCACGGACGACCAAAGUCUCAGAAGGCAGUGCUUGCGGACUUGGCUUCUCUUGUUUGGAGUGCUUAUCAGGUACUUCUUGUGCCGUCUUUGAGAAUUCCUGUUCCUUUUGAGAAUUCAUUGAUAAUCCAGUUCAUACACAUAUAUGGAUCGGAAGUUAAGGAUGCAAAUGGUUUGGAUUGGAAGUCGAUUGAGAGGACUUUCAUGGAUGAGGUUAAUGAUGGAGGGUUGUUGUUGGGCGAUCAAUCAUUGAGUUUUAAGAAGUACGAGGUGCGUUAUGCUGAGUGCUCAAUUUGCUCGUAUGCCAUUUCGAGGGCGACUACUUCAUACACUUCUAGAUAUUUGUUUGAUAAUUAUACCUUGAUUGUUAGCGAGUACUUGGAUUCGAAGCGUUUGCAUCAGAUAUUAUUGGAUUCCACUGAUGAGUUCAGGAGGUUGGCUGAAUUUCCAGAAGAGGAUGAUGGGAGGGUUCUUCCAGUUUAUGUUUUCGAUUUGGACUACAAUUCGAUAUUGUUGCUUGAUCGGUACCACCAGUCUGUUGCAUUUAAGGAUAUGGUUGUUGCAAUCAGGACGAAAAAUACUCAGACCGUGAGUGAUUAUAGUUGUAAUGGUCAUCAUGUAUUCACACAAACUCGGGAGCUUGAGAGGCCACUCGUGGGUUCAAUUUUGCAGAGUAUGUGGGGAGUUUCGCCAACUCAUCUGCUGUGGAGCCCCAGGCACAAUAGCACUCUGGUUGAUUAUACAUGGAGCGUGGGCCAGACGCCAUUUGGGCCAUUCUCGGUGAUUUCCUCACUGUCUUUCGUGCAGAAGGAUGCAGCUCGGAGGAAUGUCCUUCUGACAUCACUGAAUUACAGUAUUACCAGUGCCAUUGAUGUACUUGAAUCCAUAGCAUCCCAUGGAGGAGAUAGAAUGCUUCUUAAACCAACGCAGCAUACUGAAUUUAUCCAGAGGUGGAGUUUAUUCAAGUACAAGCUGGACAAAGCAGUUUCUGCCUUGUCACAUAUGGAUUUUGAGAUGGCUUUGUUUUUCUUGAGAUCUUCUGACCAUGACCUUUAUGCAAUCCACUCUCUUGUUUACCUCGCAUCCCAAGAACUUGAGGCAUCACUUGUUUGUUUCAAGGAUCCUCCAUUUCCAUGGGCAUCAGCUUCCAUGUCUGGAGUCGUUUUCUGUGUUGUCUUUUAUGCUUAUUUGAGAAGGGACAAAUUUUUUAGGAAUAAAAGAAAGCAAUUUUGAGGAUUUAAAGUGAGCGAGGUAUUUGUAAUUGUUUGUCAUGGCAUAGCACAUCUGUAACAGAGGUAAAUUGGAAGGUGAGCAUCGAGUAAUUAGGUUAAUCAAAUCAUAUCGAUUUUGUAAGUUUGUUUUUCCAUUUGUAAAUUUCAGUUCAUGCCCUUUAACUUCGCUGCAAUGAGCUUUAGCAUUGAACUGCUUGGAACUCUUGUAACAGUAGCUUUUCUCUGAAUGCUGAUGGUUUUUUCCCA